AUUGAAGAGGAGUCUAUAAGAACCCCUUGUACUACGACUCCUUCUUACCGCCUCUCUUUCAAACAAUGAGCCGGGGUGGUGACCGUGUCGCUGUCCAUUUGGACCCCAAGUUCUACACACUGACAGAAGACGAAAUUGCCUUCUUUAAAGCUCAAACUAGAAUAGAAGACGACACUACGCUCAAGAGCCAUAUCUUUACUAUCCACGAGGAGGCGUACGAGGUGUACCCUUAUUCGUGUAUACGCCGUUUCGGCUUUACCAAGUUGAAGAUUUCGAGAUUGCCGUACUAUCAACAGUUCUUAAAUCUUGGAAAAGAUCGCAAGGGGGCUAUCUAUGCCGACAUUGGAUGCUGCUUCGGAAAUGACCCCAGAAAGGCCGUUGUAGAUGGCUAUCCCGUAGAGCAAGUCGUGGCCUCCGAUUUGCAUCCUGAGUUCUGGGAACUCGGACAUAGGCUCUUCAAGAGCACAGCCGAGACAUUCCCAGCUCGCUUCAUCCCUGCAGAUAUCUUUCAGUUGAAAGGUCUAUUGAGGGAAGACGUUCCUGCCCCUGUUCCGGAGCUUUCCCAAGUGCAAUCUCUAGCGGAGCUGCGAGGGCACAUCUCCGCCAUUCAUGCUUCGGCAUUUUUCCAUCUGUUUGAUGAAGAAGGGCAGUUCGAAAUCGCAAAGAUUAUGGCGGCACUACUGUCAUCUGAGCCCGGGUCAAUGAUUUUUGGAUCACACGGCGGUCGGCACGAGAAAGGUGUCCGUACUGAGGUCCCCAAUACCGAACGUCGCAGCAUGUUCUGCCACUCACCUGAAAGUUGGCGAUUGUUAUGGGAUGGUGAAAUAUUCCCCAAGGGCACCGUUCGCGUUGACGCUUUCUUGCAUGAAGUCAAACACCCAGAUAUGCCGGCCAUCAAGAGACACUUCCUCGUUUGGUGCAUAACAGUUUUGUAAACUAGAUCUCCGGAAUUUUUAGGAUAUAUGAGUAGAUGCUUAGAAUCAAAUGAUGCCAAGAGCACCGGUUGA